CUUCUUUCCUCUUUUUCCUGCUCGGCUUUUAGUUUUGUAAAUAUUGUUGGUCUUUGCGUACAAAUUUAAUUUUCCAAAAUGAGUCGUGCAUCAGAUGCAAAUGAAGAGACUUUGGUUCUGGAAAAAGAGAAAGAAGAAAAUACACUUUUUGUUUAUUUUGUGGCUAGCUUGUCUGCUGUGGGUGGUUUUCUUUUCGGUUAUGAUACAGGGGUAGUUUCAGGGGCUAUGAUUUUGUUGCGUGAUGCUUUUAGUUUAAAUUAUACGAUGCAAGGAGUUGUUGUCAGCGUGACAAUCAUUACAGCAUGGAUCUCUUGUUUAUGCGCGGGAAGUAUCACUGACAGGUGCGGCCGAAGACCCGUAAUUAUUACUGCUAGCCUUGUUUUUACUUUGGGAUCACUUUUAAUGGGUUUUUCCCAAGAAGUUGUUAUGCUGAUUGUUGGAAGAGUGGUUGUUGGCAUUGGUAUAGGUUUAGCCUCCAUGUGUGUGCCAAUGUACAUUGCUGAAGUGGCUCCACAAGACAUCCGAGGAACGCUCGUUACAAUCAAUAAUUGUGCAAUCACUUUUGGGCAGCUAGUCGCCAGUCUGGUAGACGGAGCCUUCAGCAACCAUGAAAGUGGAUGGAGGUACAUGUUGGGAAUUGCCGCAGUGCCGGCGAUCAUUCAAUUCGUCGGUUUCCUCUUCAUGCCUGAAUCACCGAGAUGGCUCGUCGGUAAAAAACGAUACGAGGAUGCACAAAGAGUUCUGCUGAGAGUCCGAGGGUCGAAUGCUAACAUUGAAGCCGAAUUCGAAGCAAUCAAAGCAAACUGCUUAGAAGUGGAAAGAGAACAAGCGUCUAGUGAUUCUUCAGUUCUGAAGAGAAUUUUGACACAUCCUUCUUUGAGAACUGCUCUAUUAGUUGGAUGUAGUUUGCAACUGAUUCAACAGUUGGCUGGAAUAAACACUGUUAUGUAUUACAGUGCGACAAUUAUUGAAAUGUCCGGUGUAAAGGGCCGUAGCAAAGUCAUCUGGCUGUCUGCCGCUACUUCUGGGAUGAACUGCCUUUGCUCUUUCAUUGGACUACUUAUUGUGGAAAAAGUGGGUAGGAGGAAAUUAACCCUUGGAAGCUUGUUUGGUGUGAUUCUAAGCUUAACAGUGUUAGCAGUCAGCUUUCAGCUUGCAGAACUACAUGGACCAGAUCUAACUUACCAUGAUCCGUCUACUGUUGGAACAACAUGUUUUGGAUACAGCUCGUGCUCAGGUUGUAUUGAUGAUUCAAAGUGUGGAUAUUGUUUUACCGAUUUUGAUAAUGGAACCGUUGAUGGCACCUGCUUGCCCUCAUUAGCUUCUAAUCCUGAUGUUGCUACUGUUGGACUUUGUAACACAACGCAACUCCCCCAUGACAUUACAUGGGCCUAUGAAUGGUGCCCAUCCGCAUACUCAUGGAUGACGUUCAUGGGACUUCUAUUGUAUUUAUUUUUUUUUGCUCCAGGGAUGGGAUGUAUGCCAUGGACUAUCAACGCGGAAAUUUAUCCUUUGUGGGCUCGAAGUACUUGCUACUCAAUAGCAACUUCCAUAAAUUGGCUCAGUAAUUUCGUCGUGUCCUUAACAUUUUUAAAUCUUAUGCAAGCAAUUACAAAAUAUGGUGCAUUCUACUUGUAUGAUGGACUUGCUGUCCUGGGAUUCAUCUUUCUCUUCCUGAUGCUGCCGGAAACUAAAGGGGUGUCUCUGGAAAAUGUCGAAGGCCUCUUCACUCAUCCUUGGUGGAAGGACGCCACAACGAGCGCCGAAAAGAAAACUGUACAGUACGUACAAAUAAGAGGCAUUAAUCAUGCAUACGCUGCUGAAGAUUCAGAUGAUGACAGCUGA